AUGGAUGAGAAGGUCAAUCCCUGCCCGGCGGAUGCUGAUGCCGCGUAUAACUUUUUGCAUGAGCAUAACAUCGACCUAAGUUCAGUUAAUGAAAAAGCUCUACUUCGGAAAAUCGAUUGGAUGAUCGUUCCUCUGAUGUGGGCGUGCUAUAACCUUCAAUAUGUGGACAAAGUGCUCAUCAAUUUUGCAUCCAUCAUGGGCCUUCUAGAAGACGCCCACUUAGAUACAGAUCAAUUUUCCUAUCUUGGGCUAGCGUUCUAUGUUUCCUAUCUUUUCUUCGAGCUUCCCACUGGAUAUCUUAUGCAGAGGCUUCCAACAGCAAAGUACCUCGGGGCGAAUCAGUCCUGUCUAUUACUUUUUGAUGCCCUGUUUAAUGACGAACCUAGCUUGAUCUUAAUUACGGGAAUGUGGUAUAAGAAGAAAGAGCAACCAGCACGUAUGGGAUUCUGGUAUUCCGGGACAGGAACAGCAACUAUCAUAGGAGCCCUCAGUGCCUAUGGCCUUUUAUUUUACACCGGUGAAAGAUUCAAGCCAUGGCAGGUCAUGUUCCUUAUCUUUGGUCUCAUCACCAUAUUUACCGGCAUCCUCGUCGUCCUAUUCCUCCCAGAUAAUCCAAUGACAUCCCGAUUGACUGAGGCGGAGAAAGUAUAUGCCAUUGAGCGACUUCGAGAAAACCAAACCGGUGUUGAGAACAAACAUUUCAAAAUCAAGCAGUUUAAAGAGGUUUUUGAGGAUCCUCAAACCUACCUUUUAACUCUCAUUACCACAGCAGGCCUCGUCCCUAAUGCCGCCAUUUCUCAGUUCCAAUCUCUCAUUAUCAAGGCCAUCGGAUAUACCCCAAAGCAAACUCAGCUCCUUUCUAUUCCUAGCGGAGUUGUUAACAUGAUUGCGAUUGUUGCUGCCACGUUACUCGCUGCUAGGUUCGGCAAGCGCACACUUUUCAUGGUUGCCGUCCUAAUCCCCAGCUUGUUAGGCGCUUGCAUGCUUGCGUUCUUGGAUAAUACUCAUCCAGCGGCAAAACUUGCUGGAAACUACCUAACACAUUGUAAUAACGCAUUUCUCCCACUUACAUAUUCCAUUAUUACUGCCAACUACGCGGGCCAUACAAAGAAAGUGACGAUGAACGCUAUCAUCCUGAUGGCGUUCUGUCUGGGAAACAUACUAGGCCCUCUCACCUUCAAGGACCAGGAUGCCCCCGAGUAUGUGCCAGCAAAACUUACUAUCGUGGUAACCAUGUCAAUUACAAUAGUUUCAAUCUUCGUCUUGAGGUUCUAUUACAAAUAUGAGAACAAGAGAAGAGACAGGAAGUUUGAAGAAGGGCAAGUGCAACCCGCUGCUGAUUUCCUUGAUAUCACUGACCGAGAGAACCUAUCAUUUCGCGUGAGUUAUGCCUCUUCCAUCUCGUCUAUGCUUAUUCUAAUUAGGAUGACAUUAACAUGA